UUGUGUAGUGAUGUUUCGUAGAUAGCUUAUUCCUCAAGCUAUUUUUCGGUUUAUUUGUUUUUUCUGUAGUUAAAUUCCCUUAGAUUCUAUUUUAAUAAUUAGAUGAAAAUGACCCAUGGGGAAGGUUGGCCAUUUUUCCAUGGGGCAAGUUGGCCAACAUGAGUUCGUCUGUCAAAGUGAGCCUAUUCAAAUUUUCUUCUUAUAUUUUUGCAGAAAAAUGAGAAACUACAUUAGAAAAACUGACAGAGUAAAGGUCCCAUCUGAUGUAAUUGACAGAGCAGUUGCAAAGGUGUUGGACGAGGGAAAAUCAGUUUAUAGUGUGGCUAUUCUUUUUAACAUUCCAAGAAGAAGUCUUACAAGAUUUGUUGAAAACAAGAAGAAGUCAGGUUUAGAAGAACAAAACAGGCCUAAUAGUGUUUCUCCAACCCAUCAUGGGUAUUCAUCUGCGUGCCAGGUUUUCAACAAGGAAGAUGAGGCUCUGCUAGCUGAUUAUUUUCAUCGUUCAGCAGAUAUUUACUUUGGAUUGUCCCCAAUUGAUGUUAGAAAGCUGGCUUAUAAUGUUGCCACAAAGAGAAAUCUAAAAAUCCCACCUUUGUGGACUGAAAAACUUUCAGCUGGACCAGACUGGUUUGCAUCAUUCAUGAAACGCCAUCCUACUCUGGCAAUAAGAAAACCUGAGGCUACUUCCCUGGCAAGAACCUCAUCAUUUAACAUCCACAAUUGUGAUUUGUUCUUUGACAAUUAUGAAAGAUUGUUGGUGAGAGAAAAAAUUGGGCUUGAAUGCGUCUGGAACAUGGACGAAGUUGGUGUUACUACAGUUUCAACACCUGAAAAGAUCAUAGGUCGAAAAGGCCAGAAACAAAUAGGAUCAAUUGUUUCAGGAGAGAGAGGGGUGUAGGUUACGGUUUGUUGUGUAGUUUCCAGCUACGGCAAUACUAUUCCACCCUUCUUUGUCUUUCCUCGAGUAAAUUUCAAGCUAAGACGGCUCUGUAGUAGGCCCUAUGUCGAAUGUAAGGCCAACUUGCCCCGGCGGUGGGGUAACGAUAGCAAUCUAUUCAGCUAUUCAUGUGAAUCUCAAAGUGAGAGAGAUGUAUAGGCUAUAUCCAAAUUCAGCAAGAGUACGCUAUAUUGAAUUUUAAGUUCUCGACCUAUAUAGAAAUAAGUCCUUACGUCAUGUAUGUGAUGCAUCAUUUAGCGUGAACUACAACUGUCGAGCAUUUUCUUUUUAUUUCACAAAGGUGGCAAGUGGUGAAUUGUAGAGAAUCAUUCGAACACUUUAAUUAACAAUUGUCAUUUUUGGCACGUAUGCUGGCAUUUUGAGCCAGAUCUCGUUUCUCGUCUUUUGCUUAAUUCAUCUCGAGUUAUUUAAGUUUUUUUUUUCAGUAGUUCAAUAAGAAAAUGGAUGACCAACAUUUUAUUAUUGAAACACUUGAAGUUGCUGUCGCUUUUAACUUGUUAUUUUCCAUUAGACCUACUUGGCAUUGCCCACUUGUAGUAUUCUUUGCUUUUAAAAUUAACACUUUAAAAAAUUGAAAUAACAUUAUUUGAAAGGUGUUUAUCAUCAGUUGCACACCAAUAUUUCAAUUAAUUUAGUAGCUCUAAUGGCUAAAGUUCGAACAUUUAUCAUUUUCUUCAUUGGUUCAUGCUUCCGCCCUUCCGUCAAAAUAACAAGUACCACCCCAAACUCUUAGGGUUACGACAGCGGACCACCUAAUGUUUUUAGCGAAUUAUUUUAUCUUUAUUUUUUAGAGAAAUUCGGAACCGCUCUGCACAACGAUGACUACAGUAUGUAAUGAGCAAACGAAAAGCCAACAGCCUAAAUAGAUGAUUAUUAAAUAUUCCCCUCCUACACCAAAGGGCACACGAGAAAGUCGUGUGUGUUUCGAAUUAUCUUAAGGGCUUUGGGAAAACUUGACAAACCAGUUGGCAAAGAUUCUUUCGUUUUGCUUAUCUAACCGAACCGUCGUCCUUAUUGGCUUAGUCAAGAGAAAGUGAGUUUAAUUUUUAUUUUUCAAAUGCUUUAAAACUAGUGAUGUGACGUUAUCUUUAACGGAUAACGUGAAAAUUACGUUAACGGACGUUUUUUGGGUCCGUUAAUUUAACGCAAUAACUUAACGUUUUGAAAAUUAGUAGACGUUAUUUUUGACGUUAUUUCAUUUUUUUAAGCUUAAAAAUACAGUGUUGUCAAAAAAAAUUGUAUUACUCUGCUUUAAAAAAGGCUGAGUUGUGUCAUUUGUGUAGUCUGCUAGACUGCUACAAAUUAGAAAAACGUGGUUUUAAAAAAAUUGAUAGACGUACAAACAAGUAAUUUUGUUCUCUUUUUUUGUAAGAAAUGACUAAAUGAGUGAAACAGAAAUUUCAGAAGGCGAAGAAUGGCAAUUUGUCCCAUUCGUUCCUGCGAGUUUGCAUAAAAGAAGUCCUAUUCACAACUAUUUUGUAUUUAACAAAACAAGAAAUAUCAGUGUGUGUAGGAGUUGCAAAACUGAGCUAACAGGGAAAAAUUCAACCAAUCUUAUUAACCACCUCAAAAGAAAAAAAACCACACCAAAUUAAAUUUGAAAAUUAAAUAUUCUUAACUGAGAACUGCAAUAAAACUAAUCAAGACC